AUGGAGAUCCUCGUUCACGUUGCUGCCCCCAGUACGGCUCGGGACGAUGCACGAUACCGUGCGCAAGUCAACGCCAUCCUGUGCGCUUGGGAGCCCGUCUCCCGCCCACAGUCAAACGGGGAUUAUCACCAAGGGCCGUCAUCAUCCGAGUUUAUCUCCGGAUCAGCCGUUCCAGCAGCAGCACUCGCAGCAGCCCCAGAGGAUUCGGCUAGUGCGGCCAUAUCCGAUCGUCAUCUGAAUAGCCCCCUAAACGACCCGGUCUGGCCUCGCGCGGCCUGCCCGGGCCCGGGCCUUGAAUCAGGUUCCCCUGAUCGGCCGAUCCUGCGCGGUUCUGAGACGAACCAAAUCGGGCCCAAUCGGCGGGCUCGAGGAUCAUCCUCAUCUCCCGAUUCUUGCCGCCACCAGUCCCAAGAUCAGGGGCCCCCGCUCGUGCGAGAUUCUCUUGAGAGCGUGGUCAGCGUCAUCCCAGACUCCCAGCCGGACAUCUCCACGGCCGUACCCCCUACUCAACCAUGCCCUCAUCCACCAACAUCGUCAUUAUUAUUAUCAUCACCACCAGCUUCCCCCCGCUCAAUAUCCACACCUCCACACGAAACCAGCCCGCCUGCGCCUAAACGGCGGCGGGUCGAGCCACAACCCGCAACGGGUCGGACUAUUGCCCCGGGUGCAUCCCGAGCGGCGACUAUCGCUUCAUCUGCAGAAAAAGCACAUACACCACCACAACCUCCAAGCACUGCUGGCCCAAUAUCACUUCCAUCAACCACCUCCUCCACCAACUAUGACCUCGACCCCGAGAAUGACUCUUUUCAUGACUUCUUCUCCUCUCUCCCCCUAUCCCUCCGACCCCCUCCACCCCCAAUCUCCACAACCCCCUUCACCACCCACAUCACCCCAACCCUAACCAUGCUCACCACCCGCCUCGUUCCAGCCCGUACCUACAAUCCUCUCCACCAAACCCGGCCUCUCGACGCCCUCGAGCGCGGCCACUGGUCCCUCCACAUCCCCCUCGCCCUAGACCCCAAGCCACAUCCAACCCACCUACCGCAAUGGGACGCCGCCCUCCUCACCCGCUUCUGGUCCUUCCUCUCCGACUUCGUCGCCCGUGACGCCCGCGCCGGCUGGGGCGUGUGGUGCAUCCUCGACCGCGCGCCGGAGCCGGCCGCUCGCAGCGCCAGUCCGGGUCAUCUGUGCUUGAAGGUCUACGCCUGGGGCGAGGUCGCCAUGCACGUAUACCUGUUGUUAUUCCUGGCCAGCGAGCGGCGCGUGCGCGGGAUGGGCGCGCGCUGGCUGGAUUCACGAGAGGAGAUGGUGAUUCAGAUGCCAUGA